CCGAUCCCUUGGCAUCAGUCAGCUCCGCCCCUGCCAUGGCUGAAAAGACCUGUCGACAUUUCCUGGAAGGCCGGUGCAAACAUGGCGACGCGUGUCGCCAUCUCCAUCCCGAGACACCGGAGAAAGCACCUGAGAAAGCGCCGGCGCCGCCUGUUUUUCCCAAGCCCGACUGGGGUGAUCCGGAGCUCGCUGGGGCCGACUUUGCGAAACGCCUCACCGUCUCGCCGCGGCGACCGAGGAAGACCACCAUGCCACAAGUCGUGAGAACAUCGGAUGGUUUGAUGCCACAGCUGACGCGACAGAUGUGGUUCAGAAUGGUGCUCCGCAUUACACCUGUGGCGGGUGGCCUGAAAGCUGCACAGUAUGCAGCAAUGAGAGAAAUGAAACUCUCGUUGGAUCACGUAAUGCAUCCAGCCGCAUCCUCCAUGGUGUCCUUCGGUGUGUUGGGCACGGGCUUUCAGUCGGUGAUCUAUAACACUCUGAUCUCGGAGAUGUACAAGGUCUACACUGGCAAGGCCAAAAAGGCAGUUUCUCUCCGAGAGCUUGCCAAAGGAGUUCAGCCGGGUUUAGUGUGGUGCUUUGGGCGUGAGAGCGUGGCAAUGGGAUUGGGACUGUAUUUGGGUCCAGUCGUCAAGACCCGCUUGGCCGCUGCUGUGCAGGAUGAGACUGGGAAACCCUGCAUUGCCGGCGUACACCUCCCAGAGGGAGUGCUACGCUUCAGCGCCGGUUUUGCUUCAGGCGCCUGCACGGCCUUUGCCACGCAGUGGAUGCACAACGUGUCCCUCUUCGCAGGCCGCUUGGCUGCCCACGGCGCGGAGGAGGGAGCGCCCUAUUACACCCGCGCUGCAUGGCACACGGCUUACAAGGAGUUGGGCCCUGCAGUGUUCUACAUGAAUUAUCCACAUCGUAUGUGCCUCAUUGCUGGGGCCGUGGCGCUGUUGACCUAUGUGGAUAUCUUCCAUCGCCCUGAGCUGCGAAUGCUCUAAUUCGAGAACAGGUGAGCCUCCAGUGAUGGCUAU